UCAGUCUCUCUCUUCUGUUGACAGAGUUUCAGCAGUUUUCUGUGUUUGUGUUGAUCUGAUCAGACGUCAUGAGGAUCCUCUGUGCGUUUAUCUUCAUGUGUGUUCUCCAGAGCUCCAGUCUGGAGAAAGCAGAACCCAUCACAACUCAGCAGAAACAAGACGUCACCAAACCUAAAAUUCCUCCAGAAGCAAAUCCAGAAGCCAUCAUUGAACAAACAUCAGAUCCAAAUUUGGAGAAAGGUGCAGACAUACUUUCUGUGCCAAACCCAGGAUCAGAAGCAGAUCAAAGUCCAGACUCACUUUCUGAGCCAAAACUAGAAUCAGAUGCAGAUCAAAGUCCGGAUGCUGUUUUGGAGAAGAAAAAUCCUUCAGAUGUAAAGGAAACAAUAGAUUCAGAUAUCAAGAGUACAACAGCAAGUCUGAACACAGACUCGACCAAUACACCUGAAAAAGGACAAGCAAAGCCCAAAGAAACUGGAACCAAAUCCCCAAAAUCUGAGGAUGCCAAAUCCCUAAAAUCUGAGGAUGCCAAAUCCCCAAAAUCUGAGGAUGCCAAAUCCCCAAAAUCUGAGGAUACCAAAUCCCCAAAAUCUGAGGAUGCCAAAUCCCCAAAAUCUGAGGAUACCAAAUCCCCAAAAUCUGGCCCCAAACUCACAAAAGAGGAUGUUUUCUGGGGUCCACCCCAAUGUGAGCAGCAGAACUACACCCGUCUGUCCUGCUCGAAAGUGUUCUGUCCGCCCUGGAGGAGGUGUAUAGCGGGAGUGUGUGUGUGUCAGAUGCCGUAUAAGUGUCCUCGGCAGGACACGCGCGCGUGCACACAGGACGGAGCCGAGUUUUACUCCAUGUGUCAGACCAACGCCAUCGCCUGCAGAGCCAACAAACCCACUUUCUCCCACUUCAGCAGAACCUGCAAAACGGAUGUUAAUGUACAGACGACGUCCAGAAACUCUGGGGAUAAAAGAGUGGUGGAGAUUCACAGUAAGAAGGGAAAGAUGUUAGUCUGUGGCAACGAGUGGACUAUAGCUGCUGCUAAUGUGUUCUGCAGAAACGACUCUACAGAAUACUACAGAGGAGCAGAGAAGGCGACUAAAAUUCAGUAUACUGAACUUGAAGGAGAAGAUUGGCCAGAUCAGUGUAUGAAAGUUCGCUGUACGGGAUCCGAGCUCUCGCUGGCUGAAUGCACCAUCUAUAAUCCAACACCCAUCAGAGGAAAACAACAAGUGGCCGUCGCAAACUGCUACAGUGACACUACUAAAGAGCAAAGUACGCAGUUUCGUUGUGUGAAUGAGAAAUAUGUAAACUAUGGAAAACUCUGCGAUGGUAUCGACGACUGUGGAGACAAUAGUGAUGAAAUGUGCUGCCAGGAGUGUCAGAAAAAACACAACGCGUUUUGGUGUCCAUCAGGAGUGUGUAUACCUCGUCACGCUGUCCGAGACGGAGUCAGAGACUGUCUGGGUGGAGAAGACGAGCUGGAGAAACAUGGGCCAAUAGUAGAGAAUAAUCCAGAAGAUUUCUUCACGGAUCCGCUGCUGGAGAUCAAAAAGAUCCGCUCGACUGCAGAGGAUAAGCUGGAGUGUGGCAUUCCCAACAUGGAUUACGUGUAUAAAGCAGAGGACGACGGAUCUGCACAUCAGCGCAGAAAACGCUUAGUAGGAGGAGAAGAGUCUUUACCGACUCAGAUUCAGUGGCAGGUGGCCAUUCAGGAUGAGGGCUCCAUCCACUGUGGAGGGGUGUAUUUGGGUGGAUGCUGGGUGUUGACGGCGGCUCACUGCGUCAGACCCAAACCAAAGUCCUUCCGCGUCAAGUUCUCUCUGUGGAAGAAGCAUCGCAAACAGUCGACGACAGACAGUGUCCCCGUGAAGAAGAUCAUCAUCCAUGAAAAUUAUGAUGCUCAGACGUACGUCAACGACAUCGCUCUGGUGCAGCUGGAGGAGCUCAAUCUGUCCGACAAAUGCAUGCUGGAUAAUCCUGCAGUCAGAGCUGUGUGUGUGCCCUGGUCCACACAGCAGUUCCAGCCCAAUGACACCUGCACCAUCUCUGGCUGGGGCCGCGACAGAGCGGGAAUGUCAGCAUCGAUUCUGAAAUGGGCAAACGUGACAAUUAUCGGCGACUGCCAGAAUUUUUACAAGAAUCGUUUCCUCCCUGGAAUGGAGUGUGCAGGUGAUCUGGAGGGGAAGGUGGACUCAUGUCAGGGUGACUCCGGCGGGCCGCUGGUCUGUAAGGACGCCUCUGGGUUGUCGUAUGUUUGGGGAAUCGUCAGCUGGGGAGACAAAUGUGGCGAGCCCAAUCAUCCCGGCGUCUACACCAAAGUGGCGCAUUACUUCGACUGGAUCCGCUUCAACACAGGCUGGCCCGCAGUCACCAAAUUCAACCAGUGAAAGGAAUCAAGAACCUGCUUAAUUUUGGCUGAAUGAUUGAUUUGAAUAUUGUUUGUGCAGUACAUCUUAUGUUUGUUUUGGUCUAUCAAACAUUUAUCAGGUGAUCUUAAAAGCUCAGGCCCGCCGGUUUCUGUCUCAGUCUAUGUCUCUUGUUUUUUAGCAAAAUUAAAGUUCUCAUGUUGCA